ACUGGCAUGGCAGAAGGAGUGAAACGUGUAACGUUAAUAAUGGAAUCAACAUCACUGGAUCUCCAUAGUUACUAGUCAAGGCAAGCAUUGUGGACUAACUACUUAAAUGUGCCUCGUAAAUUUAAAGACAACAGUCGUUAACAUUGUUUUAAUUAUAAGUUAACUUUUGCUGCAAAGUUAGCUCGCUGGUGACAGCCGUUAGUUAGCCGGGUAGCUUAGUAAAUUUCGACAAGCUAUCAUUAAUUAGCUAACUACUGCUCGUAUAAUUUUAUAAAACACAUACAAACAAACCGAUAGCCAGCUUGACAGUUAGCUAGCUAACUGGACCUUCUGAAGAGAAGUAGCUAGCUAAUGUUACAUACAGUCUAGCCUGCAAGCCAGCUAACAAGUCACGUAAAAUGUUAGCUAAUAUAGGUGAAACGAAUCAGCCUUUGUUUACAUACUGUAAAUGUAUUUCUCGAACAGCCUAGCUAGUUAGCUAACUAGAUACUUAGCUAGCGCAAUGAUAAAGUGCUUAUCAAAGGAAGUCCAAGCCAAGCUUCGCUCCGGAGUAGCAAUAUUUUCAUUACAGCAAUGUGUUGAGGAGCUCGUUCUGAAUAGUAUAGACGCUGGGGCGACAUGUAUCGCUGUGAGGUUGGACACCGAGGCAUGCCGAGUGCAGGUUGUAGACAACGGCUCCGGGAUGGACAGGGAGGAUGUGGAGCGUGUGGGCAGCAGGUACUUCACAAGCAAAUGCAGCUCGUUGGAGGACCUAGAGAAUCUGCAUUUCUAUGGAUUCAGAGGUGAGGCUCUUGCCAGCAUUGCUGCUCUUGCCACCCUGUUGGAAAUUUCUUCCAGAUCCAGACUGUCAGCAAAGACCUUUGUGAAAGUAUUUAAGGAUGGGAAGGGCUUGGAGGUUUUCGAGUCAGAGAGUUCUAGGCCAUCGGCGGGGACGACAGUGUCGAUCUGCAACUUCUUCCACAACAUGCCGGUGCGGAGGAAGAGGAUGGACCCGGUGCUGGAGUGCGAGCGCAUCAGGCAGAGGGUGGAGGCCAUCUCCCUCAUGCAUCCCUCCGUCUCCUUCACCCUGAAGAACGACUGCACUGGAGCCAUGGUGGUGCAGCUCUCCAAGGCCAGGAACACCUACCACAGGUUCAUCCAGAUCCACGGGCUGACGAGGGCCCAGAAGUUGGGUGAGAUCAGCCUCUCUCAUGACCAGUUUGAAAUGAGCGGCUACAUUGGCCGCGAGGGGCACUACAACAGCAGCCUGCAGUUCCUGUUUGUGAACUGCAGACUCGUCCUGAAAACGCGCAUCCACAAGCUGCUGAACCUCCUCCUGAAGAGGGUGAGUAGCUCCACCAGCGUGUCGCCGUCCCUUGGGUCCCCAAAGAAGAAAGCGGGGGCAGAGCUGCAUGGUGUGUACGUUAUUAACAUCAAGUGCCAUUACUCUGAGUACGACAUAUGCCUGGAGCCAGCAAAGACCCUUAUUGAGUUUAAAGACUGGGAUGGUGUGCUGGCGUGCGUGGAGGAAGGAGUCAAACAGUUCCUGAACAGGGAGAACUUGGUGGCCGAGCUUUCCCCAGAGGACAUCCCCGAUUAUGUCCGAGGGAAUGAUUUCCCUGAAUCAGUGGCUACCCACUGCAGCGUGGAGGACAGCACAGCCACACGUGUCCUCGCACCUACAGCAGGUGUCACCCGGGACUGCUAUGACGGCAAGACGCUCAUGUCUAAGGCUGUUCACAGGAGGCGUACUCGCGAUUCAGAUGUCAGUGUUCACGCAGAUGACGGUGUUGAUAAAGUGCAUGAAAAGGACAAGGAGUUGAGUGUUGCUGAGCAUCCAAGACGCCUUGAACCAGCAGGGGAAAACACGUCCAUCAAAGCAGUAUGCAUGCCACAUUCAUCAGAUUCAGAAACGGAAGGUUUGGAAAAUCAGUUUGACUCAGCUACAUCAAUUGGUUUGCAGAUGUCAGAGUCUCUUGUAGACAUCGCUGAAGGCAAGGAGAGACAUCACAGUAUAAAGGUAGAAAAAGCUGUUGGUAUAACUGAUUCACAAUGCAGUACGCAUCUAUUUAGUGUGAAGACAAAUGAAGUGAAAGGGAGUGAAAAGCAGAAUAUGGGCCUAGAGGAGAGUAAAGAGGCAGUGGAUGACCCCAGGGAGAAACACUCAGGGACAUGUUCUAGAAAAACUAAUGAAUGCUGCUAUGAAGAACCACUGUGCAGCACCAGGUCAGAAGGGCUGGUGAAAAGAACUGUUGAUACAGGAAGUGCAGAACUUAAGCUGGGUUCAAUGGGGUUCGUCAAAUACUUAGUACCUCAGCUGCCAGGCACAAAGGAACUAAGUAAGGUUUGUUCACAAGGCCCGGCUUUAGCUCAGGAUCUGCUGCCACAGAAGCAGGGCAUCCACAGGGAUCUGGGGACUUUUCCUUCAGCAGCGGAGCCUACAAGGCUGUCAGUUGAUCCGCCUUCUCAGAAAUGUGCAGCCUACCCUCGUAGUGGAGAUUCGGGUGUUGAAUCUCAAGAAAAGCCUCUCCAGGCGCCAAAGCGGAAGAUGUUAUUACUGGGCGGAGCCUCUGUCAUAGCAUCAAAGACCGCCAAGGUAACGGCAAGUCCAAAACUGGCUCUGCCAGUAGAAGCUGGAUCUCUUGACAGAUUUCGAAGAAUAUAUGGGAAGCAGACAAGAACACAGUCCCACCCUCCUGAGGCUAAUGGCUGUGAAACUGAACUAAGCGAUGCUUCAGAAGUUCACCCUGUACGGUUACGUGAUGGUCCUAUAACUCUCUCAGAGUACACCAGACUGAAGCCUCACGCAGCCCAGCCCAGGAGCAGUAAAGGGUCUCUGGCUGCCAAGCUGUCACGCUUAAAGCACCAUCAGGUGGUAGAUAAGAGCACUACAUUGGAAGAGCCUCAUGAGGGAAUCCAGAACGCUAGCAGCUCUUCCAAUUCCACUUCAAUAGACAUGCAAGAUGGUGGCAGCAGGGAAAAGCCAGCUAACUCGCCUCUCCCCUCCACUUAUGACAUCACCCCUGACAUCAAUGCUAACUACCAGCAAGCUGAUAUGGAGGAACAUGACCAUGCUUGUGAUUGUCCUGCAUCUGCAGAGUUCUGCAAGCAUACAUUCACCGCUGCCCAAAACAUGCCUACUCAAGCAUUGUCUGUUACAGAUCGUAAUGGUGGCUCGGUCCAAAUGGUCAUCGGCUGUGAGCCAGACCUCAGUUCAGGUGCGGUGGAAAACUGUACUGGGAAAGAUAGCCCCCUGCCCUCCGUCACCUCUGUUCCAGGGGAAAGCACACAGAGUGAAAGUAUGGCGGCAGAAUCCAGUGACUGGCUGGAACACUACGACGCUUCUGCAGGGAAGCUGGUAUACAUUAAUAAAGUCACAGGCCUCAGUAAAUAUGAGCCCCCCGCUGCAGAAGAGACUUGUGUUCCAUGCGUCACAGAUGUCACCACCAUGUCAGUCAGCGUCAUCUCUAACAAAGGGUUUGAGUACAAGUGCUACCCCUUUCAGACAGAGCUAGUUCUGCCCUUCCUGCCUAGAUCUGGAGCAGAGAGAGUGCUUAGUUCAGGGCAGGAGAACAGUGAAAACUCUCAGCCUGCCAGCUCCCUUUCCUCCAUGUUCUCUGAGUGGGCCAACCCAGUGUUCAUUCGGCCUCCAGAGGUGGCUGUGGAUGUCACUAGCGGGCGGGCCGAGGGUCUGGCAGUGAAGAUUUAUAACAUCCUCUACCCAUACCGCUUCACCAAAGAUAUGAUCCACUCCAUGAAGGUGGUCCAUCAAGUGGAUAAGAAGUUUAUCGCUUGUCUGAUAAACACAAGAAACCAAGGGGAUGCAGAGAGCAGUGAUGAUGAAGGAAACCUGCUGGUGUUGGUGGACCAGCAUGCUGCUCACGAGAGAGUUCGCCUAGAGAACCUGGUCACAGACUCCUAUGAGGAAGACCCAGAGGCACCUGGCCAGAAACGACUGUGUUCCUCCACCGUGACUCCGCCCCUGGAGAUCGAUGUCACAGAGGAGGAGCUCAGGCUGCUGAGGUCCUGCCAGCCCUUCCUGAGGGGCCUGGGGCUGGAGGUGGCAUUUGCAGAGACGGGGGGCCCUAGACUGCUUGUGGGGAAGGUGCCGGCAUGUUUCGUGGAAAGGGAAGCAAAUGAAAGUCGACGAGGGAGAGAGAAUGUCAUCAAGUCCAUUGUGCAGGAAUAUGUACGAGAGCAGGUUGAGUUACUACAGUCUGCGGGCCGAGUGCGAGGUCCAAUGCCUCUAACUGUGCUGAAGGUCCUUGCUUCUCAGGCCUGUCAUGGGGCAGUCAAAUUUAACGACAGCCUGAGUCUGGAGGAGUGUCACAGUCUGGUGGGCUCCCUCUCCACCUGCCAGCUCCCGUUCCAGUGCGCUCAUGGCCGGCCCUCCAUGGUCCCCCUGGCUGACCUCCUCCACCUGGACACUGACCAGCAGGAUUCCCCAAAACCCAACCUCUGGAAACUCAGGAGAAUGUAUCGCGCCUGGGAACUCUUUGGAAAAAAAUAACUGGACGUAUUUUGGAAAAGCAUGUAU